ACGAAGUAGUGAUAAGAUAUUCAUAAAAUAAUUUUGUUACUACGAAAACGCAUUCAGUGAGUGUUUAGACUCGGUGACUUUAAUAACAAAACGUGACCCAUGAAAAUGAAAUAUAAUUUGCUACCAGUUAUCAUUUUUGUGGGGAUGUGUUGCUCUCCAGUAAGAGCUGCAGACAACACUACACAAAAGGCGGUACCGAUAAAAGAGCAGGAUGUCAUUACAACUACGACCACAGCCCCAUUACCUAAGGUGGAUAUUCUCAAGAGUGAUCUAUGCAAGAAAUGCAGCUGUCUCAGUAGCCCAGUAAGCCAAAUCGACUGCAGUAAUAAGAAAAUGAAUUCUCUCUUUAGUGACGAAGAAUGGGCAACCCUUAAAAAUGGCGACAUAACAUUUGAUAUAAUUAAAUUUGAACACAAUAAUAUAACGAAAAUUACUGGAUUUCCUAAUUAUACAACUAAAAGCCUCUAUUUGGGGUUUAAUCAAAUUAAAAGUAUUGCAAAAGGUGCUUUUGCCAACUUAACAGAGCUCGCUAAACUGGAUCUGUCCCACAACAAGUUGAAUACUAAGACUUUGGGGCCCGAUGCAUUCCAAGGUGUAUACUCUGCCCAUGACUAUGAGCCGUUGGGCAAAGUGGUCGAACUCGAUAUCGGUCAUAAUGAAAUCCACAGUUUGAAUUCGGACCUCUUUGAGCACUUGCCACAGCUGGAGAGCUUAAUCUUGUCCGGAAACACAUUUCAAGUGAUUGAUCAGAAUACAGUGGCGGCUAUUACUGGGCUCUCUUAUUUGAAGACUUUAGAUAUGUCCUUCAUGGAACUGGAAGAAUUGCCCGACAAUCUAUUACAUGGUCCGCGCGAUUUAGAAACCAUCAUUUUAAGUGGCAACCUUUUCGAUGAACUACCUGAUGACUUGGAUUUAGCGCCAAAUCUUCGUGUGUUGAUACUCGACGAGAACCCGAUAGCCGAUUUGAUAGGCGAAAAUAUUUUUCCCAAUCUACCCUACUUGACCUACCUAAGUAUGGCUUACAUGCCAGAACUGAAGGAAAUCGGACCCGGCGCAUUUUCAGAAUUGCAAAACUUAACUACUCUAAUCUUGUCAAGUAAUCCAAAGUUGUCUAAAAUCGAUGUUAAAGCAUUUGCUAAGAAUACGACAAACCCAGAAAUUUUAUCUUAUCCGCCAUUAGAAAAGCUUUACAUACACAACAACAAUUUAAGCACUUUGGAGCGUGGAAUGCUGGAACGCUGGGACAAGAUAACUGAUUUGGACUUGCGCUACAACUACUGGACAUGUGACUGCAGCAAUCAUUGGCUCAUCGAAGUACUAAUGAUUCAAAUAAACAACACUCAACCAAUUUGGACGCAAGAUGUCAACUGCUAUCAACCAAAUGCUUAUAGAAGUGUUCCCCUUUUGCAACUUAGUUUGCCCGAAGCUCGCCUACAAUGCAGCAUCGAAACGACAAGCACCAGCAAUCUGUUUUUGGUGGGCCUGCUUGUCGGUAUGCUGAUGUGCAUACCAAUCAUACUCGGAUCAAUCACAGUCUGGCGUCGCGGUUGCUUUGGCUUAAAUCGCGACAGAUUAGCAGCUAACAGAUCACUUUAUAAUCGCGCAAAUUUCAGUGAUGAAUUGCAUAUCUAAUCUAAAGUUCAUUUCCGUUAAGAAAUCUAGUAUACCAUAACGCUUAGUUUCAUAAAUAAAUUGUUUAUAUAAAUAAAAUUUAUGUACCCUAUAUAUAUUUGUA